AUGUCUCCGCGGUCAAGUACAGACGUGUCGCACCCAGACCCUAGCGAAGAAAAAUCCCGCAUCGGCCCCGAAAGACCCUCUAGUGGUAAGGGUGCUAUCAAAUUCGACCGCACCAAAUCCGAUGAUCUGAGUUAUGCUGCGAUCACCUCCCCGGGUACUCACGAAGAAGGCAGCACACCGCUCCGAAAACUGCGCUCGAGCGCGUCUAGAUCAGUUACAUCCAAGCCCCUGGAACGCAGCUGGUCAUUGAAUGACGGCGUCAGCGUUGCCAGCCAUGAUGUCGACGAGGCUGCGGUGGCGACCGACCAUGAAUCAUAUAUUGUGGGCUGGGAGGAGAACGAUCCUAUGAAUCCGCGCAAUAUGAGCAAAGCCCGGAGAUGGUUGGUUGUCGUUAUUAUCUCGAUGGGUUCUCUUUGCGUGACUUGUGCCUCUUCGAUGUAUACCACGACAUAUGACCAGUUGAUGAGUGAAUUCGGAUGCUCGCAGGAAGUUGCGACUCUUGGGUUGUCGUUUUUUAUUUGGGGUCUUGGAAUUGGUCCGCUCUUUCUGAGUCCAUUAUCUGAAUUCUAUGGCCGAAGAAACAUCUAUCUCGUUUCGUACUCGCUGUUUCUCAUCUGGCUUAUCCCAUGCGCGGUGGCUAAGAAUACUGAGACCAUGGUUAUCGCUCGGUUUUUCACCGGACUUUCAGGCAGUGCCUUUUUGAGUGUUGCUGGAGGCACUGUUGGUGACAUGUUUGAUCGCCAUGAGCUUGCCUUUCCCAUGAUGCUCUACACUGCGAGUCCAUUUGUUGGUCCCGAAGUUGGUCCUCUAGUCGGUGGCUUCAUUAAUGCAUUUACCACAUGGCGUUGGACGUUUUAUGUGCUCUUGAUUUGGACGGGAGUGAUGCUCGCCUCGAUUAUAUUCUUCGUUCCGGAGACAUAUCACCCAGUACUUUUGAGGCGUAAGGCGCAGAAGCUGCGCCUAGAAACCGGAGACGAGCGAUGGAAAGCUCCAAUCGAAAAGCUGCAGCGGUCUGUGACCCAGACAGUUCUGCGAUCCAUGUACCGCCCUGUUCUCCUCUUAACAUUGGAGCCAAUGUGUCUAUGCCUUUGCAUUUUCUCGGCCAUCCUCUUGGGUAUUCUGUACCUCUUCUUUGGUGCUUUCCAGCUAGUCUUCAAUGAUGUGUAUGGGCUAGUAAUAUGGCAGCGUGGACUGUGUUUCCUCGGUCUGUUUGUCGGAAUGGUUAUAGCCAUUUUGUCAGAUCCGAUCUGGCGCCAAAAUUACAUUCGCUUGGAGCGCAAUUACAGAAAAACCACUAACUCGCUCGAUGACUUCCAGCCGGAGUGGCGACUGCCCCCAGCGAUCCUGGGAGGACCCUUGGUUACUAUAGGUCUUUUCAUUUUUGCUUGGACAAUCUAUCCCAAUGUCCAUUGGAUUGCGCCUAUUAUUGGCAGUGCUGUUUUUGGUGCAGGGACGAUCCUAGUCUACUCGGGUAUCUUCACAUUCCUGGUCGAUGCAUAUCCCACUUUUGCCGCCAGCGCUCUGGCAGCGAACAGCUUCGCUCGGUCAUCCUUUGGAGGCAUAUUUCCGCUAUUUGGAAUACAAAUGUACCACAACCUUGGAUAUCAAUGGGCAACUUCCUUGUUAGCGUUCCUAACCCUUGUCAUGGUCCCUUUUCCAUACCUAUUCUUUCGCCAUGGGGCAUGGAUCCGAAGUAAAAGCAAGUUUGCGAAAUCACAGACGUGA